UUCUGACUGACUUGUUUUUCUAAUGACCUCCCUGACACAGACAAGCAUUGGUUGCAACUACAAUGAGUGCAUUGUCCAGGAUAACCUACAUGUCAAGCCUGACUUACCAGCAACUGCCUGCCAGGGCACCCACAACCCUAUCACAGUUCAUUCAGCAGUGAUGUGUUAUGGUAGCUACUCUAUUUCACAGUCACUGCUGCCUGUCUACCAAUCAAGUUAAUGUGCGUGCUGUCUAUAAAAAAAUGAAGAAAUUAAAAAAAAGACAUAUAUAAAUAAAGUAAUCAGUGUUGUUAGCUAGCUUUUCUUGUUACUAAAGACAAAGCAACUUAUUAAUGCAUCACUAAUCUAAAUUAGGUACUGGUGUCACAACAAAUAUCAUUAUAAUCAGUAAGUCCUUUCCUGUACUUAUUGAUUGGUUACAUUCUGUCAGCAGCCUUGAGAGAGUGUAACUCCUGUUAACAUUUCCAUUUCUCUAAUUUGAUACAACGAGGGCUUAGGGAACCCCCCACCCCCCUGACCCACCGCCCUUUCUCUCUUUUCCUCCCUUUCAUUAUCACUGCAGGUCCAGGGCUCUUGGACUUCUCAGUGUCUGACUUUUAGAGAAAACAGAGCCACUCACAUGUCAUAUAGAUAGAAUGAUAGUCGCAGACAUGCAUCCAAAACCUCCUGAAUACUAAGGAAUAAAUCAGUGUCUUAAUGUUGGACCUUUUUCAUUUGUUGCAAGACAAAGCAUACUGGGUAGAUUCUAGGUACACUAAAUAAGGAUUUGGGAUUCCCCCUAUCAACUUGACACUGGAGACUGUAUAAAAUAAUCUUUACUCCUGGCUCAAAUGGACAUGAGAUCAAAAAGAAGACUUUCAGGACCUAACUUGGUGCACUGAAAAGAUGAGGGAUUUUCGGGAUUUUCCUCAGUUAUAUGUUGGUAAUCCUGCGUUUUGUCCUGCUGAUUUCUUGUGGAAAAUUUUCCAUUUGUCUGGAUCACAACUCUGGCUUUGGACCUGUCUGCCCCAGUCGCUUCCUGGAUCUAACUUUGUUGCUGUAUUAUACAGUUAAAAGGGCAAAUUUUCUCACAAUAAAUUGUUCUUCAUGCAGGAAGGUUUUCAUUACAGUUUAUUUUUGAAUUGGAAGACUAUUUUAGGAGGACUUUGGCUGCAGGUCAGUGUGUUGUACUCUAAUAACAACAUGGGAAUUGUAUUUUGGAUGUUUUCUCUUCUGGCUCUUCCAGUACUUCAGUCUGCCAAGAUCCUGACUGUCUGUUUAAUUGGAGGAAGCCACUACUUGUUAUUAGAUGAAAUUUCUCAUAACUUAAACCAGCAUGGCCAUGAGGUCCGCAUGCUCUUGCAACUGGGUAACCCUGUUAUUACAGGUUUUUCCGAUGAAGGCCGUGCAGACAGUUACCAGACGAGCACCUGGUCCUUAGGAGAGAAAUACAUCAAAGAAUACAAUGGCUGGUUCCUGGAGCAACAGACACAGUUUUUACUGGGAAGAGAUAACUUUAAUAACUUUCUAAACUUCAUGAACCACCUGUCCUAUCAGUGUGACAAGCUGUUAGGGGACAAAGAGAUGAUAACUUUCCUCCAGAGGGAACACUACGACAUCACCAUCCUAGAUGCUUUUAAUCCCUGUUCCUUCAUCCUGGCACACAAACUUGGUGUCCACUAUAUAGCUUUCUAUCCUGGCGCUCUGAAUGGUCCUCUGUCCAUCGCGCUCCCCAGCCCAGUCUCUUACAUCCCAGUCUUCAGCUCCCAGCUGUCUGACCACAUGAACCUCUGGGGUCGUGCAAAGAACCUCUUUUAUUCUUUCCUGGCUCCUGUAGGCCAGGAACUUGUAUGGUCAACAUUUAGGGAAGUAGCUGUGCGCCACCUUGAGUCAGGCUCACUCCCUGGUGGUCUAGAGGAGUUACAUCAAGGAGCUGAACUCUGGGCCUUCAACACUGACUUUUCACUGGAGUUCCCCCAGCCUCUUAUGCCCUACACUGUGCUGGUGGGAGGUCUGCUGAAUAAACUUGCAAAGCCUCUGGAACAGGAUCUUGAGUUGUGGAUCUCCAGUUUUGGAGAGGCAGGUUUCAUUGUCGUGACUCUGGGAUCAAUGGUUUCUUCAGUCUCUGUGGACCCUCUUCUUGUGGAGCUGGUGGCUGGCCUCUCCAGGAUCCCUCAGGGGGUGCUCUGGAGGUAUGACCCCCAGCGAUGGCCAUCUCACCUGGACACACCUCCCAAUCUCAGAAUAGUGGACUGGCUGCCUCUUAAUGACCUACUGGGCCACAAAAAAACACGUCUCUUUAUCACCCAUGGUGGGCAAAACAGCCUGCUGCAGGCAGUGUACCAUGCUGUUCCUGUGCUGGGAAUCCCUCUGUUUGGAGACCAGUUUGAUAAUGUGGUGAGGGCUGAAACUAAGGGGCUUGGCCUCACCAUCAACCCCACACACAUCACCAGGGAACUGCUCAGCUCCACUAUUCAAACACUCAUACAGGACAUCAGGUUCAAGUCUUCAGCUUUGUCCCUUAGCAGGAUCCACAAAUCUCAUCCUGCCCCUCCAGCCAUUCGACUCAUCCAGUGGGUGGAGCACAUCCUGCACAGUGGAGGUGGAACUCAUUUAAGGCCAGCUUCACUGGCACAACCAUGGUACCAGAGAUACCUGUUGGACCUGGUGCUUCUUCUCUCCCUGGGGCUUCUUGGACCUGUAGUUCUCUGCUGGACUUUCUGUAGGAACAAGAAUAGCACGGAUAAACACAAAAAAAUACGAUAGCGGCACUAAGCGUUUCGUGAGGGACACGUUAGAUUUAUACCUCAGUUCUGUGUUACUUUUUUAUCUCUGACUUAUUGUGUACUGUACCAAUAUGAUAACUUUUAAAAAAUUAAUUCCCACUACCCUUAAAUAUUGCAGAUGUUUAAUAAGUAAACCAUGCUUGUUGUAACUGAUUCAUAUAAAUAAGUGAUAGCAGGCUGGCAUGUUGAUGUAGGAAACCUCUGCUUUGACACAAGCGUUAAACUCAAACUUCCUUUUCCCCUGUUGCCCGAUAGGCCCAGAAAAGAUAUCCCUUAAGGACAAAAAUAUAACUUAAAAAAGUUAUUUUUUCAAAAUAUUCCCUUUUAUUAUCAAAAGGAAAGCUGCAAAGUACUGCAAAGCAGAACAAUGCUGUUGGUUUUAUUUUAGUUAGCAAAAAAUGCAUUUAAACAGCGUUUCUGAUGCCAUUAAUACUCUUGCUCAACUUUGCUUUUUCUGUUGAGUACUUUUCUUUCCUUACUGAAGUUUCACUCUCUGUAUUUUCAGUUUCACUUCAGUGGAAUAGCCUUAAUGCCAAGAGUCCUGCCCUCUCCCCUCCCAGCACCAUCAUGUCUACCAGACGUCUCAUUUGUACUGCAGCGCCACAUUGACCAACACCUCUGUGCUGCUUUGACCUGGCUGCGCUGCAAGCAGGGCUGGUUGACAGUACGCACGCAAAUACACAUACCCUAACUAAGUAAUGCAUUUGUGCUUUAUGUUGUUGCAUUUUUCCAAAUGGCAGCAAGCCAUGGUAGGGUGUUGAGAAUAUUUUUGUGUGCUGCUUUGCUUGGCUGGUUUGGGUACGUACUGUAUGUGUAGACAGAGUGUGUUGAGAGUCACAGAAUACACCUGAAUUCUCUGAAUGCUCUACCUGCAAAGUGUGUGUAUGCAUGUGUCUAUGUCUGUGCGCAUCUGUGUGUUUGGGGCAGUGUUAUGGUCUACUGGUUCUUCAGUUAUUAACCACCAGCACCACCUGCAAUCCUCAACUCUGACCCCCACACCCUCCUGUCUUGGUUUCCACCGAGUCUCCUUUCCCUUUCUAAACAAGCCACAAAAACACACAGCAAUGUUAACGGUCAGCGCUCAAGCCCCCAAUUCUGUCCUCCCUUCCACUCCUCACAUCUGUGUUGGGGGUUAGCAGGGAGGAAAAUAUAGAUUAGCAAGGAAAUAAUGACCAAUUAGGACGGCUUGUUCUCUGUCCAUUCAGCUGUCCAUUACUUCACUGCAUUUCAUUUGUCUGUUUGUCUGGCAGUUGCAGGUGCCAGUGAGUCUUCCUCUGUCUCGCACGCAAUCCAAAACAGGCAGGGCAAAGCAGCCGAAGCAUGACAGGACAGGACCACUAGGGAAAAAAAGAAAAAUGCAAAAAAAAAAGCACACUUUAAUGAAGCAGAAGAAAAAUACACCAAUGCAAAAUAGAAGACAGGGAAAUCAUAGAGCAGAGAAGAAACAGAAAAAACAAAGUAGAGAGAAACAAAAGCUAGAAGAAAUAGUGAUCAGACUAAAACAGACAACAUACACAACUGUCCAAAAAGUAAUAAACUGUGUCACUUUUGGCCGUUUUAAUACAGUAAUUGCAUUUAAUUUACAGUUAUGUUUUUAAGUUGGAAUUGCAAUCAUCUAUACAUUUGAUUACAGCCAUGACACUUAGUUCAAAACUGUUUUAAUACAGGUGUCCUGCAGUGACAAGGAAGAUGAAAUCAACAAAAAUAAAACAACAUAAUGAUAAUUUAAUCAAAAUGUCAUAUACAAAAACGUACGAUGGAGCAAGUAGAAGUGAAUUAAUGAUGUAAAGGUUGUAGAAGUUUUGUCCUUGAAACAUAAAUAGUUUUAUGUGCUCUUUUGAAAUGGCUCUGAUGUGAAUUUUGUAUAUGCGUCAAAAAAAGGAUGUUUGAACAUACUUGUAGCUGGCAUUAAAUGGAUCCAGUAGCAUGUU